AUGCCGGGAUCGCCGUCGUCCUCGUGGGCAGUCUACGGCUCUCGGUUUACGAACUUGGUCAAGCAUCCCAGCACGAGAGUCGUGGUUGCUUUCUGGCUACUUGGCCUAAUCAAUAAUGUGCUCUAUGUCAUCAUCCUCUCCGCCGCCCAAGACCUCGUCGGCUCGCUGCCAAAAGGCGUCGUCCUCCUCGCCGAUGUCGUGCCCUCGUUCUUCACAAAGCUCAUCGCCCCCUAUUUCAUCCAUCGCGUGCCGUACCCAAUACGAGUCCUCGUCUUCAUCGCGCUAUCCGCUGGCGGCAUGCUGAUGAUUGCGCUUACGCCUCCGUCAAAAUCGGUGCCUGUCAAGAUGGUGGGCGUUGUCCUGGCCAGCCUGAGUAGCGGCGGAGGGGAGCUCAGUUUCUUGGGACUUUCUCAUUACUAUGGACAUGUGAGCUUGGCGGGAUGGGGAUCUGGCACGGGCGCGGCAGGGCUGGUCGGCGCUGGGCUUUACGUACUAUUGACAGAUUGGUGGGGAUUCACCGUCCAGCAGAGCCUGCUCUUCUCGGCGUGUCUCCCCGCCAUCAUGUUCAUCAGCUUCUUCUUCGUGCUCCCGCUAGAACCGCUACGACAAGGCAGUGCGCUAAAAGAGUAUGAUGCUGUUCCCGGAAGAGACGAAGAUGAAGUGGAUGGAGACCCGACGGAGCAGGAAUUGGCGGCCAGUACUUCUGCCCUGCUUGCGCCAGAGCCUUCUGUCCUUUCGGCAAACACCGCCUACGCGAUGAACAAGGGCGAUGGACACUCGCUCAAGAACAAUCUGCGAAGAGCAAAAUCGCUGGUGAUUCCAUACAUGGCUCCUCUGUUUAUGGUAUACGUUGCCGAGUACACCAUCAACCAGGGCGUCUCACCAACGCUGCUCUUCCCACUCGAAUCGUCGCCAUUUAAAGAGUACCGCGAGUUUUAUCCGUUUUAUGGAUUUCUGUACCAGCUCGGCGUCUUCAUCUCGCGAUCCUCUACGGCCUUUGUCCGCAUCCACCACUUAUACAUUCCAUCUCUGCUCCAAGUGGGCAACCUCAUUCUGCUGACACUGCAUGCCAUGUUCUUCUUCAUCCCCUCCGUCUACAUUGUGUUCAUCAUCAUCUUCUGGGAAGGCCUCCUCGGCGGCGCCGUCUACGUGAACUGUUUUGCCGAAAUUAUGGAAAAGGUACCCGCUGAAGAACGAGAGUUUAGCCUCAGCGCCACGACAGUGAGUGACAGCGGGGGAAUAUGCAUCGCGGGGUUGAUUAGCAUCGUGAUGGAGACGAGUCUUUGCGAGUAUCAGGUCUCGCAUGGGCGGGAUUGGUGCAAGAGGAUUGGUCCUGCGCAUAGCUGA